CGUAAUUGUAAGUUAACUCCAUCAUUACAAGAAUUCAUAAGUUUUACGCAGUUCCCUUCGAGAUCCUCAAUUGCAAGACCCUGUGGAAAUUAUGAGAUGGAGACAACAACUCCUCAUCCUAGAUCGAGCUUACGACGCACUGCCUGUGAUCGGUGCCGGCAUUCGAAGUUGAGGUGUCUGCGCGAUGAGAACCAGGAGAAAUGCACUCGGUGCUUACGGCUCGACCUACGCUGCUCAGUCGCGCCGGCCAAGCCACCAGGACGUCCGCGAAAAGUCGCCUCAUCAUCACAAACCACAAUAAGCGACUCAGCAGCCGCCGAAGCAAGUAUACCUCCUGUUCAACUACUGGUAUGCGAAAGCCAUGAUACUCCGGAAGCCCAGGGUAGUAUACCGCCAAGCCAGAGUCCAGAUAAUCUACUACUACCACCAGGACUUGAUGACCUCCCACAAGUCAACGGUUCAUUCGCCGAGACGCCAUCGCUACCGCAUAGCCAUGUAAACGACUUCGACUUAAAUCCAAUAAUGCUACCGCUUUCCGAGUACAGGACUCCCGAAUGGGACGAGCCGACCCGCUUUAACUCCGGAUGUUCCGCGGACAGGGACCCCCUAGAGGUACACAGCCUCUUGACGGCGAAGCUAGAUCGGCACGAAUGCCUCAAGGAGCUUUCCCAGCUUAACGUCGACCUGCACGCUCAUUGGCGAGCCCUCCAGGAACUAGACGAAAGCGGGAGGGUAAACUUCGUCACGUUCUGCGACCAUCCGCCUCCCCCGGCCGGCGACGGGGUUUCGCUUGCCGAGAAACUGCUCAUCAUGGCGCAGAGAUUCCAGCAGGCUAUUACGAAUCUCGUCUGGGUUGUUAAGCACGAGCCCAAGCCGUUACACCACCAUCACCAUGGACACGUCGUCGCUGAUGACGGGGCCGCAAUCGAUUCUUCUUCUUCUUCUUCGUCUUACGCUGAAGAGCCCUUAUUAGGGCAUCUAGGUCAAGAGGAUAAUUGCCAAACCACGGUUGGCGAUACGCCGGCCGAGAAAGACGUGAUAUUAACAACCCCGUUUGUCUGCGUGCUCGUAAGCUGCUACGUGCAAACGAUCAACCUCUGGGAAGUCAUGUUCUUCCACGCGCACCGGCGGGCCAUCGGCAUCGACCGAUACCCGCUUACCCUGUCCGAUCCCAGCAAGGGCGUCCAGCUGGGCGCCUUCUACAUGUUCAGCGGGCGACUAGCGAGCAUGUUCUAUUGCCAAGCGGUGCUGUAUUUCCUCGACAACAUCGAUCGGGGACUGGGCAUAUUGCCGGAGCAGAGGCAACAACAGGGCGGCGCUUCGGGUUUGAUAUCCCAUGCCCGCCAUUUCGAUAUGCUCCAGAAGGAGCUUGGGGGACAGGUUAGCGACGGGGCGAACGAACGGGUCCGGGGGUUGAAGGAUAUGGUUGAGAAAGCUAGGCUGGGUUUGGUACAAGAGUCAGGAAAUUAGGCUCUUGCGGUUGUCUUAUAGGGGGACGGGGUGAUAGGUAUAAUGGUUAUUAACAAAAUAAUCGAUACACCCAUUGAAGCAAGACAGCAGUGCGUACCUGAACUACUAGGCAUAACAAUUCAGGGG